CAAUGCAGCUCAUAGCACAGCAUUCCACAAGCAUCUCAACAGCUGAGUGCCUUUGAUCCUCUGCGGCUCUCAGUGCUCUGCUCGCCAUGGCAUCUUCGGUUCCAGUAGUAGUCUUGCUGCUACUCUGCAUGGCCGCAGCGGCGGCGGCGCAGCUCUCGCCGACGUUCUACGACACGUCGUGCCCCAACGCGCUGUCCACCAUCAAGAGCGCCGUGACGGCCGCCGUGAACAAGGAGAACCGCAUGGGAGCCUCCUUGCUCAGGCUGCACUUCCAUGACUGCUUUGUCCAGGGGUGCGACGCGUCCGUACUGCUGGCCGACAUCCCCGGCAGCUUCACCGGCGAGCAGGGGGCGUUGCCCAACGUGAGAUCUCUGAGGGGCUUCGACGUCAUCGCCAACAUCAAGGCGCAGGUGGAGGCCAUCUGCAAGCAGACCGUCUCCUGCGCCGACAUCCUCGCCGUCGCCGCCCGCGACUCCGUCGUCGCGUUGGGAGGGCCCUCAUGGACGGUUCCCCUGGGGCGGAGGGACUCCACAACCGCGAGCCAGACCCUGGCAAACAACGACCUGCCGCCUCCCUUCUUCAACCUCAGCGACCUCAUCGGCUCCUUCGGCAACAAGGGUUUCACCGUAACCGACAUGGUUGCCCUUUCCGGGGCGCACACGAUCGGGCAGGCGCAGUGCCUCAACUUCAGGGACCACAUCUACAACGACACCAACAUCAACCCGGGGUUCGCGAGCUCGCUCAAGGCCAACUGCCCCCGGCCGACCGGCUCCGGCGACAGCAACCUGGCGCCGCUCGACACGUCGACGCCGUACGCGUUCGACAACGCCUACUACUCCAACCUGCUAAGCCAGAAGGGGCUCCUGCACUCCGACCAGGAGCUCUUCAACGGUGGCAGCACGGACAACACUGUCAGGAACUUCGCCUCCAACAAGGCGGCCUUCAGCAGCGCCUUCGCCGCGGCCAUGGUGAAGAUGGCCAACCUCAGCCCGCUGACCGGAUCCCAAGGACAGAUCAGGCUCACCUGCUCCAAAGUGAACUAAGAAUUGUCACCAUAGUAUACAAAUUAAAGCGUUUUCAUGCUAAUAAGGCUAGCUAGGCCACCAUCUUAGUAUAUUUUACAAGUGUACUACAUGAACGAGGAGGUGUGACCGUGAGAUGCUGCAAAAGUGCCAUGCAUCAGCUCAAACAAAAGAUGUCCAUGUAUUUCCAUGCAAAGGCAUGGAGGAUUCCCCUUGCUUAAUGGUACACUUCUCUCUGCUUAAAUUUCC